AUGUCGCAGCCACCAGGCCGAGGUCGCGCUCGACCUCCAGGGCCUCCUUCCCCUUUGCAUUACAGACCCCCGUCACCCUGGGCUCCCAGCCCUCCACCCUUGAUAUCUGGACCGAGGCAUUCAUCAGCUAUAGUUACACCUCCGCCGGUCCAGCCGUCACCGAAACCGUUCCGUCCAUUAAAUUCUCCUCACUUACGACAGCCAUCAGCAUCACCGAGCUCCCAUUUUUCAAUCUCGCCCUACCCUAUGUCCCCAACACUGGGGCAUAGUCCAGAAUACUAUUACUCCUCGCCGUACGAGACCGUCCGAGAGUAUGAUUACGCAGGAGUUCCGCUGGAACCGCCUCCGCCACCACGACCGAUGAUUUAUGAGGAAGAUGAGGAAAGAGGACCAUCGACAGCAGAAAUCAUUGCAAAUCAAUCUCAAGAAGGAUACGUGGAUGAGAAGCUUGCAGAGUACCAAGCCACUAUUCAGCUAUUACAAGAAGUUGUCCUAAGAACUAUUGUCAGAAAUUUGGAAAGAUAA